AUGGCCUGGCCUAGCCUGCGGCACCCUCUCCCAGCUGCUGCUGGCGUCUACUGGGCCCUGGCACAGCUUCGCUUUCUACCUUCCCUCUCGCGGGAUCGAUCGCUUCGAAUCAGGGCCAGGAUCGGUGCAUUGCCUGAGUCAUCCAACUCAGGGAAUGCAGCUGCUUGGGCACAGGAUCUUUAUGAAACUAUCCUGAGGCCAAUGGGGUCAGGAUCCCUGCCGGCUGUGUCUGCAGGCGAUGGCCACACAUGCAUACUUCAAUCGGAUGGUCGGAUCACAUGCGUGGGGCGCCAAGCACAGUGCAAUGUGCCAUCGAAUCUGGGAAAAAUAUUGGACGUCUCCGCCGCCAGCUCCCACACGUGCGUGGUGUCGGAGGGGGGCCGUGUAGUAUGCUUCGGACAAAAUAGGGAGGGCCAGUGUGACGUUCCUGAAGAUUUAGGACCGGUGCUGAGUGUGUCCGCCGGUCGUGACUUUACUUGUGCAUUGCGAGCAGAUAUGCAGUUAGUUUGUUUUGGGAGCGGUGCCCCUGUGACGUCUGUGCCAGACGAUCUGGGACGGGUUCAAGCAGUCUCCGCUGGGAGCGGCCACGCCUGCGUGGUGAAGGCAGAUGGUGAGUUGGUAUGUUUUGGCCAGAGCACAGAGGGCCAAUGCUUUGUCCCAGCAGAUUUGGGGCCAGUGUUGGCCGUCUCCACUGGUGGUUUUCACACAUGUGCUAUCAAGGCCGAUGGUCGGCUGGUGUGUUUCGGAGGUGAUGAUGAGGGGCAGUGCCGUGUACCGACUGACCUGGGAUCAGUUGUGGCAGUCUCAGCCGGGACGUUUCAUACGUGCGCAAUCAAGACAACCGGUCAACUGGUCUGUUUCGGGCGGAACAGAGAAGGGCAGUGCGACGUGCCAUCAGAUCUGGGUCCCGUUCUCUCCGCGUCCGCCGGCUUUUUCCACACUUGCGCAGUCCGGACGGAUGGUCAGGCGGUAUGCUUUGGAGACAACUCUGUAGGCAUGUGUAACAUGCCCAAAAUGAGCUGA